GUUCUAAAAAAUCUGGAACUCCCUUCACCAUUUCUCAUUCUUCGACUGAACUCGCAAUUCAAGUAUGGGCCCCUUCAAUUAUUCGUUUUUUCCCUAAAUUCAAAUCAUCCAUGUCCGUUUUCUGAUUUUUGACUUUUACCUUAUUUUUUUUUAGUAACUCUUCUUCUUCUUCGCUCCAAUGGCUUUGCCUCAGCAGCUCUUGCAUCCCUAUUCUUCAUCGGUAAUCUCGCACAAACCCUACUUAAAUCCUUGUAAAUAUCUCCUUGGAUCACCAUCUCUCCUCCGUCGCGGCCACCAGCGGCGGGGCAACGCCAAUUCUCUCCGCUGCUCCGCUUCUUCAUCCUCCGAGAUUCACCACGCUGGCUCCCCCAAAUCGGACGACGUAACUGAACUCCCGCUUUUCCCUUUACCAUUGGUGCUCUUCCCCGGUUCUGUUAUCCCUCUCCAGAUCUUCGAAUUCCGCUACCGAAUCAUGAUGCACACUCUGCUGCAGACCGAUCUCAGAUUCGGAGUGAUCUACUCCGACAGCGCGACCGGCGCCGCGGAUGUGGGCUGUGUCGGAGAAGUCGUGAAGCACGAGCGGCUCGUGGACGACCGCUUCUUCCUAAUCUGCAAAGGGCAGGAACGAUUCCGGGUCACGGAUCUGGUACAGACGAAACCCUACCUGGUGGCGGAGGUGACGUGGCUUGAGGACCGGCCGUCGGCGAACGGAGAAGAGGAUCUAGAGUUGCUGGCGAACCAAGUCGAAACAUACAUGAAAGACGUGAUUCGAUUGUCGAACAGAUUGAAUGGGAAGCAGGAGAAGGAGGCGCAGGAUCUGAGGCGGAAUCUGUUCCCGACUCCGUUCUCGUUCUUCGUCGGAAGUACGUUCGAAGGAGCGCCUAGAGAACAGCAGGCGUUGCUGGAACUGGAAGAUACAGGUGUGAGGCUAAGAAGGGAGAUGGAGACAUUGCGGAACACUUUGAAUUACUUGUCAGCCGCUUCUGCUGUGAACGAUGUGUUCCCUUCCUCUUCCUCUCCAUUAGAAUGAAUGACUUAAACCUCUUGUUUUUUCCAGGCAUUGAUUGAUCAAUCGGUCAAAGUUCAUAUUACUUCAGAUGUAAGUUCUUAUCUGCCGGGUGCAUAGGCUAUGGAGUAUUGAGCCACUGGAAAUGAUAUCCUCUCCCGUAUGGGAAUGGACUAACACAUCCAAACUAUUAAUGUUUUGAUCGAGUGGCUAAAUUUUUCGGGGCAUCCUACCAUGUUUUGGUAUCCGAGCAGGGAUCUGGUGUCUCCGUUUCAAGAAUCUCGAGGCCCUUCUUUCAAUCUUUGCCCUCCAUUUGACCAUUUACGCAAGGCACCCUGCAUUCAAGGCUCAAGCAGAGGAUCCCAGUCUGCCAGGCAGAGCCGAAAUCGGAGUAACCACAAUGCACCAUUCCACAACCAAUUUCCAUGAAAUGUGAAAUGAUUAUUAUAUCUACACCCGAUGAGGUUCCAAUUUUGCAUGACUGAUUAUGGGUUGGAACUAACCUGGUUUAUCAGUUUCAAUUUUGGGUUUUGGGUCGUUUCUGGUUCAAUUGGUUCCAUUACCAGUUGAUUCAGCUGGUUGCUGACAUGGUUUUGGAUCACUUCCGUUAGCAUUCCUGCCUGAAACCGGAAACUACAUUUCGUUGCUAAGCAAAGUCAGCCCUCUCCUCUCCGUUUAUUCGGUAGGAUCUAUAGAAGAAUGUUAUGAGCCUUUUCUUUGAGGAAGUUCCACACUUCCAUAUAAAUAAUUCAUCACCCUUACUGUAUUGAUAAGAACAAAUUCAUACAAGCCUUCUGUUGGAACUUGGGAAUUUGAAAAAGGUUACAUGAACAUAUUAGAGUAAAAUCAUAAAUGAUCCUUGAACUA